GGCUCUUUAAAGAAGUUGAAGUGUGUGAACGACCCCGGCUGGCCAGCACGUUCUUGCUCACCUUGUAAACGUUCACUAUUCAGUCUCAUUUAGGGUAAAGGAGAGACUAGAUAAUGCCAGCAGUACCGGCAGGUAACUACUACCAACAGGGCCAGGGUCCUAGCUGUUGGGAUCGUGUUAAACUAGGAUUCAUGAUGGGCUUCUCUGUUGGCAUGGCAACUGGGGCUCUCUUUGGAGGCUUCACAGCUCUUAGGUAUGGUCUUAGAGGUCGAGAGCUUCUGAAUAAUGUUGGAAAGGUUAUGAUACAGUCGGGAGGAACUUUUGGAACCUUUAUGUCCAUUGGUGCAGGAAUACGUUGUUGAGUUUAUGUGAUGUUGGGUACGUACAAGACAGUGUUCAGAAUACAGUAUAUGAGUGACAUUUACUAUGCCAUAUGUUAGCUAACUGUGUCUUUUAUACCUGCACUUUUUUGGCUGGUAAUGUUGCUUUGCAAGAAAUAGUGAUUAUAUCUUUAUGAUCAUUUAUAAAGGGGUUCUUGUAUAUUUUUUCCCUCGGAAAGAAUUUGCAUAAACACACUAGUUUUACCAGUUAAGAACAUUGCUAUAUUGAAGAGUACAUUAUGAUAAUGUUCAAGAGAUGAUAAGUUUACCGGAUGUGUGGAUAGAAGUUCCCGGUUACACAUAACACCUCAACAAAAUCAGGGGCCAGGGUAUGAAUAAUGUUUGGGCUGUACUGUAUUUAAACUUUACAAUUAUUUUUUAUGUUAUUCAUACAAAAAAUAUAUGUAAAUAAACUUUCUGGUCUGGUUUUGAUGCUGUGAUGUUUCUUUCCAUUAUAAUAAAUUUCUUUGCAAGCAUUACUAACUCAAAAAAUGUAUAUAGAAUCUUAUUUUUUCUUUCAGUACAGCAUUUAGAUUUUGUUAAAUUUUAAGGAAAACUUCUAACAUUAAAACCUUCUACUUUAUCAAUAUUUGUAAAGUGUAAGUGAUUAGUUAAGGAUGUCUGAAUUAAAUAAAUAUUAUAAUGCCAUAAA